GUGUUUCCGGUCGGUCGAAUUGCGCCGGUGCUUUAAUGCUUGAGAAUGUAUGAAGUCAUAAAUUUGCAGCUAAUCGGUUGAGAGACAUAAAUGGCAAGGCGUCACUUUGACAGAGACAGAGGCCGUGAUAAAUGGUCAAAAGACAGGGACCGUGACCGGUAUCAAGACCGUGACAGAGAAAGGGAUGUGAAGUCGUCUGGGGUGCACAACAACAACAACCCGGCUGCAUUCAGUGCAGGCAUCCUGAAGCAGAACCCUUUACAGCAGCAAAUCAACCCUUUCACCAACCUGCCCCACACGCCGCGCUACUAUGACAUCCUCAAAAAGAGGCUUCAGCUGCCGGUGUGGGAGUACAGAGAGCCCUUCACUGACAUCCUGAUGCGGAACCAGUCUUUUGUGCUUGUAGGAGAGACAGGUUCUGGAAAAACCACUCAGAUCCCUCAGUGGUGUGUGGACAUGGUGCGUUCACUGCCAGGACCGAAGAGAGCAGUGGCCUGCACUCAGCCGAGGAGAGUGGCAGCCAUGAGUGUCGCUCAGAGGGUGGCCGACGAGAUGGAUGUCGUGCUGGGCCAAGAGGUCGGCUAUUCUAUUAGGUUUGAGGACUGCAGCUCUGCCAAGACUGUUCUCAAGUACAUGACAGAUGGAAUGUUGCUGCGGGAGGCCAUGAACGACCCCCUGCUGGAGCGCUAUGGUGUCAUUAUCCUGGACGAGGCCCACGAGCGCACACUGGCUACAGACAUCCUCAUGGGGGUCCUGAAGGAAGUGGUCCGUCAGAGACAGGACCUAAAGGUCAUCGUUAUGAGUGCCACACUUGACGCUGGUAAGUUCCAGGUGUAUUUUGACAACUGCCCCCUGCUGACCAUUCCUGGACGUACCCACCCUGUAGAGAUUUUCUACACACCUGAGCCAGAGAGGGACUACCUGGAAGCAGCCAUCAGGACUGUCAUCCAGAUCCACAUGUGUGAGCAGGAUGAAGGGGACGUUUUGCUGUUCCUCACUGGACAAGAGGAAAUUGACGAAGCCUGCAAGCGAAUCAAGCGGGAGGUUGACGAUUUGGGGCCAGAAGUUGGUGAUAUCAAAAUCAUCCCGUUGUACUCCACACUGCCUCCACAGCAGCAGCAGAAGAUCUUCGAGCCACCCCCACCUAAUAAACCAAGCGGAGCAAUCGGAAGGAAGGUCGUGGUGUCGACAAACAUUGCAGAGACAUCCCUGACCAUCGACGGUGUGGUGUUUGUAAUUGAUCCCGGAUUUGCCAAGCAAAAGGUGUAUAACCCACGUAUAAGAGUGGAGUCGCUCUUGGUGACAGCCAUCAGUAAGGCAUCAGCGCAGCAGAGGGCGGGUCGCGCCGGGAGAACCUGUCCAGGAAAGUGUUUCCGCCUGUACACAGAAAAAGCCUAUAAGACAGAAAUGCAGGACAACACCUACCCAGAAAUCCUAAGGUCGAAUUUGUCCUCAGUGGUGCUGCAGCUAAAGAAGCUUGGCAUCGAUGACCUGGUGCACUUUGACUUCAUGGAUCCACCAGCCCCAGAGACCCUGAUGCGAGCCCUGGAGUUGCUGAACUACCUGGCAGCGCUCAAUGACGACGGUGACCUGACGGAGCUGGGUUCCAUGAUGGCAGAGUUCCCUCUGGACCCCCAACUGGCCAAGAUGGUCAUCGCCAGCUGUGAAUUCAACUGUUCCAACGAGAUCCUUUCCAUCACUGCCAUGUUGUCAGUCCCACAGUGCUUCGUUCGACCUACGGAGGCUAAGAAGGUAGCUGACGAGUCCAAGAUGCGCUUUGCCCACAUUGAUGGAGAUCACAUGACGCUGCUCAAUGUCUACCACGCCUUCAAACAAAACCAUGAGUCCACUCAGUGGUGCUAUGACAACUUUGUCAACUACCGCUCACUGAUGUCGGCUGACAAUGUACGUCAGCAGCUGUCCAGGAUCAUGGAACGCUUCAGCCUGCCGCGGCGAAGCACAGAGUUCAACAGCAGAGAUUAUUACACCAACAUCCGCCGAGCCCUGGUCACGGGCUUCUUCAUGCAGGUUGCUCACCUGGAGCGGACUGGUCAUUACCUUACAGUGAAGGACAACCAGGUGGUGCAACUGCACCCUUCCACUGUGCUGGACCACAAGCCCGAGUGGGUGCUGUACAAUGAGUUUGUGCUCACCACCAAGAAUUACAUCCGCACGUGCACUGACAUCAAGCCAGAGUGGUUGGUGAAAAUUGCCUCGCAGUACUACGCGAUGAGUAACUUUCCCCAGUGCGAAGCGAAGAGACAGUUGGAGCGCAUCAUUGCGAAACUCUCAUCCAAGGAAUACAGUCAGUACUGAGAGGAUUUGCUCCUACUGCAGCAGCGUCCUCCCUUUCUGUACAUAGUCAAGUCUGAACACGUCGUAUAUUUUUCUUAUUCACGCCGACGACCUCUUCUUGAACUCUUGGUCAUACCAUCUAUGAUGUAUUUUCCUAAUGAUUAAUAAUUUGUGUCCAGUUGUGUUUUUCACGGCCAGUGCAUCUCAUCGCCUUUAGAGCAGUGAUGCUGAGGCACGAAACAGUGACGGACAGUGCAAUAAAACGGUUUUCAGUCUUCAGUUCCUGGAGUUUGCUGUUCAUAUCAUAAAAAGCACAGUAGGUUGUCUCGGUCACAUCCCAACACAAGCACACAUCUCUGUAAAAGUGUCUAGAAAAACAUUUACGGACUUUCCAUCGCACCAAAAUGUCUUCAGACAAAUCUGGACAAGCGCUUGAACUUCAGCCCGUGCAGGAAAGCAUCUAAUGUCUGGUUGUUGGGAAUUCUGUCCAAUACGUGAGACACUAUGUAAAUAAAAACAAUGCUGUUAAUGACAUGAAUAAACAGACAACCCCUCUUCAUGA